AUCACCUUGCCUUGGAGAGGUGAGCACUGGAUGUAAGGCUGGAGAUAUAUAUAUAUAAUAGAAUUUGUCCACUUUUUGACCAAUUUUGAUGGAUAUAGUGUUGGAGAUACUUCAGGCUACCGAGCGUCUCUUCCUGCAGUUUCUCUCCCCCUCUGGUUGAUGGCCUAUGAUCAGAUUUACUGCAGAUGCUAGUCCACACUUACACAGCCAUGGACCGGCACGAUGGAGUUAACAGCCACAGUUCGAGGCUGUCCCAACUCGGGUCGGUCUCCCAGGGACACUACUCAACCGCUCCUCCGCUCUCUCACACCCCGACGUCGGAUUUCCAGCCACCUUAUUUCCCUCCUCCUUACCAACCUCUCCCUUACCACCAGAGCCAGGACCCUUACACACACGUCAACGACCCCUACUCUCUGAACGCCCUGCACCAACCCCAACAGCAUCCAUGGCAGCAGAGGCAGCGGCAGGAUGUGGGUGCCGAGCCAAGCCUUCUCCAUCAGCCCCGGGUUCUACCCCAGAUCACAGGGCUGGACCCUCGCCGGGAUUACCCCGGCGUGCGCCGGCCAGACGUGCUUGUCCACUCCGCUCAUGGACUCGAUUCGGGCAUGGGGGACAGCCUCUCUUUGCAUAGUAUCAGCCAUCAUGGAAUGGAAGAUAUCCAGGCUUUGGAUGACACGGGUACCACUGGCAUGAGUUUAUUGGACCAGUCUGUCAUUAAAAAGGUCCCACUUCCUCAGAAGAAUAUCACAUCUCUGAUGAUGAACAAAGACAAUCUCCUCGGUGGAAUUGCAAACCAUAACGAGGUGUUCUGCUCGGUGCCGGGACGUCUGUCUUUGCUUAGCUCCACAUCCAAGUACAAGGUGACGGUGGGAGAAGUCCAGCGGCGCCUGUCCCCACCGGAGUGUUUGAAUGCAUCAUUGUUGGGGGGAGUCCUGAGAAGAGCCAAGUCGAAAAACGGUGGAAGGUCGUUGAGAGAAAAGCUAGAGAAGAUCGGAUUAAAUUUACCCGCGGGCAGACGUAAAGCUGCAAAUGUCACUUUACUAACGUCACUAGUGGAAGGCGAAGCCGUACAUUUAGCUCGGGAUUUUGGAUACAUCUGUGAAACCGAAUUCCCUGCCAAGGCAGCAGCCGACUACCUAAACAGACAGCACACAGAUCCCAGCGAGCUGCACUCCAGGAAGAAUAUGAUCCUGGCCACAAAGCAACUUUGCAAAGAAUUUACAGAUCUGCUGGCGCAGGAUAGGUCUCCACUGGGGAAUACCAGGCCCAACCCCAUACUAGACCCAGGCAUCCAGAGCUGUUUGACUCACUUUAGCCUCAUUACGCAUGGUUUUGGCUCUCCCGCCAUUUGUGCUGCUCUCACAGCUGUCCAGAACUACCUGACGGAAGCAUUAAAGGGACUGGACAAGAUGUUCCUAAACAACAAUCCAAAUAGACAUACAUCUGGUGGGGAGGCAGGCACCAAAACUGGAGACAAGGAGGAAAAGAACAGGAAAUGAAAAAACAUUCCUCCAAACUUUUUAUUUUCUGUAGCUUUAUAUAAAAAAAAUCUUCUAUUGACUUGGAAAAGACGACAACGCACAUA